UCGAAUUCCACGAAGUGUUCCAUUCUCUUCUUUAAUUUCCAAUGUCCAUUACCAAUGUUGCCGAAGAAGAAACAGAAGCAAACCACUGCUUUUCACCAUAGACUCACUCAUCUCUUUCCCAGAAUGCCCCUCCGGCGGCUACUCCUCACCCCCACUCUCUCCACCGUCAAAACCAUCCUCCUCCUCCUCUCCGCCGCCUUCAUCGUCUACACUCUCUUCUUCAACUCCUCAUUUCAUUCCCCUUCCCUCUUAUGCUCUCGUUCUACUCUCUCUCCCACCACGCGCCGCCACAUUGUCUUCGCCAUCGCUUCUUCCUCUAACUUCUGGUCCCGCCGCAAGCCUUAUGUUCGUCUCUGGUACAAUCGUAAUUCGACUCGUGCUUUUGCCUUCGUUGAUCGCAUUGCACCUGAUUUCGCUUCUGCUGAUCCUUCCGUUCCGCCGGUGAUUGUUUCCAAUGAUACCUCUAGGUUCCCCUAUACUUUCCGCGGAGGUCUUCGAUCGGCGAUUAGAGUGGCGCGGGUGGUGAAGGAAAUUGUUGAGCGUAAUGAGCAGGACGUGCGGUGGUAUGUGUUUGGGGAUGAUGAUACUUUGUUCUUUGUGGAUAAUUUGGUUAAGACGUUGGGGAAAUAUGAUCAUGAACGAUGGUAUUAUAUUGGGAGUAAUUCGGAGAGUUAUGGACAGAAUUUGAAAAAUUCAUUCGAUAUGGCGUUUGGUGGUGGAGGCUUUGCGAUUAGUCAUUCACUGGCUAGGGUUUUGGCUGGGGUUUUGGACUCGUGUUUGACUAGAUACGGACAUUUGUAUGGAAGUGAUGCCAGAAUAUGGUCGUGCUUGGUGGAGCUUGGAGUUGGCUUAACACACGAACCUGGAUUUCAUCAGGUUGAUAUGCGGGGAAAUUUGUUUGGAUUGCUAUCAGCACAUGCAUUGUCGCCGAUUAUUACACUUCAUCAUCUGGAUGCCAUGGAUCCUAUAUUCCCAAACAUGAACAAUACUCAGGCCCUACAUCAUCUUUUUGAAGCAGUGAAUGUGGAUCCUGGCAGGAUUUUCCAGCAAAUUGUGUGCUAUGAUCGUUCUCAUUCAUUGACUAUUUCAGUAUCGUGGGGUUUUGCUAUUCAGGUCUUUGAAGGCAAUCGGCUUCUCCCCGAUUUACUUUCACUGCAAAGAACUUUUAUGUCAUGGAGAAGGGCUGCCACCAUUGAUGCGAAUCAAUACUUGUUCAACAUUAGAGAGUACCCUAAAGAUCCUUGUAAAAGAAAUAUCUUCUACAUGCAGAAUUUAAGAACUAGUAAAAAUAAUGCCUUGACUAACUAUACUAGGAAGAUGGUCACUGAUUGUCCAGCGUCUGGUGCAAUUAAGAACCUGACGCAGAUUCGAGUGUUCUCCCAGAAGUUGGAACUUGAUGUGGAGGAGAUGAAGGCUCCACGCCGACAAUGCUGUGAUAUUAUUUCCUCUUCCAAGGAAUCGAUGCUUCUUGAAAUUAGACAAUGUGGAGUUGAAGAAUUAAUAUCUAUGUACUUCUAACCAUUUUUGUAUGCUUGUCUGAGAAGGAUAGAGUUUUAUAAAAGUUCCAAUGCUUCCUUGAGUGGUUUAAAGCCAUUUGGAUUUUGCUGUGCUGUCCAUUCUUAAUUUAAGGCGGGAGAAAAAAGUGGCCAUGCUUUCUAGUCUAAUCAGAGGUGUUCUUGAAAGAAAACAAAACGGUUUCGAGUUUCUUCUGGCAUUUUGAAUCAUCUGAGGUUGUUCAUCCGUCGGUCUUCCGAGGUUUAUGUUUUAAUUUUUUGUUUAACUGAGCAGUGAGUCUACGGUUGGCUUGUCUGUAUGAAGUUUAUGGUUAACCAUGUAAAUAUUUCUCUUGUAUAUCGCUUCUUUUAAGUUUAACCAUUAAUAAGAUAAAAGAGAUAUAACAAAGAUUGUGUUAUAUCAAUGCAUCAUUUUCAGCAUCAAGAAGAUCACUUAUGCUGGAAGAAAUUCUAAUCUUUUUCGCACGAGAAAAUGAGUCUGUCUCUUUUUGGAUUAGUAGGUUACACUCUACCUUGGUAGAAGGAAUAUUCGAAUUGAAAUUUCAUACCCUCUUUUAUCUGUAAAGCAUGGUGCUAUAGUCUACUACCUGACUGCUGGCUUUAGUUUUAUAUUGAAAGCCAUUCAAAUAUAUAACAAAGUUGGGAUGUAAUUUUGAGUG